UCAUGACACCGGCUUUACCUUCACAUCACUGACAGCCUGGUUCUCGUUAAUCACGUGAUUUCAGUUUAAGGACAAGCCCACAGGCUUGUAGGCUGCAGAAGCGCCACCCAGUGAAUAUAUUGUAAAAACAACUGUUCGGUAGCCUAUAUUCUCAAGCGUUCGUCUAAAUGAAAUAGCCUACGACAUAUAUAAGGAUAAGAACAUGGGGAUUUUGUCCAAGUCCAUUCGGAAUCUGCAUGAUUUGCCAAGGAACGGACAGGAUGUCGUGUCCACAUGGAAAACUAAAAUUAUUUGCAAGACUGUUAAAAUAGAAUAUGAUCGUACGUCUGAACCAUUCACAAAGCCAGAGUUGUCUACUACAAUAGUAAACAGGUUAAGGAAUACAUUAGGAUCAAAGGAAACAUUUCUACAGAAGCAAAACACCUUGGACGCUUUCAAUAUUAUAAUAGACCUAGCAACACAGUUAAACAGAGUCACAGCAAAGGUUUCUGGACAGUCCCAAGCUUUUAAGAUGGUUGAUGACUUGAGUUUAGAAGAAUGUAAAGGUUUUAUUUUCAGAUGGUCUAAAGAGCUGAAAUGUUUGAGGUCAAAAUACAAGAACAACAUAGGCAAGAUUUCCACUGUUGAGAAAUUCAGGAGUCUGGAAGCUCUGAACAUCAAAACGCAUCAAGAUCAGAGCCUGAAAGAUGCUCUAAAAGAUUUUCAGUGGUUAAUUCAUAUUUUGCAGUCACUUCCAAAGUCCUCGGUGUGUCAAGAAGGAUGCGCUAGAGUAGAACUGUUGAAUCUUUACAGACGAUGGAAAAAAGGGCAGCUGAUCAGCAUGCUUCCAAUUAUGGACUUUAUCAUGAAGACAUUACUUAAGGAAAAGGAUUUCAUUUUGAUACAGAAGCCUCAACAUAGAUCAGAUGGAAAAAGGUUGACAAUCAUCAUUUGAACGGCAUCUUUUGAAAGACUUAAUUAUCAAAUCCUCACCUUGGCAUCACCAUACCACCAAUAUGACAGCUCUCAGGACAUCAUUACCUGUAGGCAGAAAAGAAAACUUUUAAAGACGUGUGACUGACGAUAUCAGAGUGGAUGUAAAUUAUUGCUUUUUUUAUCUAAAAAGAAUAUAUUAUAAGAAACACCUUUAAAUCAAGACAGACUCAUUAUUAUCAUUCUUACGUUUCUUUGAAUGUCUGUGAAGAGCGAAAUCUGCACAGAAUAUAGUCACAUGACAAAAUUUAGCUAAUUUGUUUGAAUGAAAAAACUUAAGUGAAUUGAAAAUAGUCUUUGCCGUGUGUUAGGUUCAGAAGAGAAAGAAAAAUGACAAUAUGCAGCCACUGUACUGGACAGUAUCAAAAGCACUUUGAUCCACUGAUUCAAAUAUGAUGAUAUGCAUAAUGCACUGGUCUUUUUUGUGACUGCACUUCUGCUAUCUCACUUUGAAAUAAUUAUGUAUGUGGGUGUUAAUUAUGUAUGUUAUUAUGUAAAUAAAUACACUGUGUGGAUUUCAUUUUUAUGUUGGCCAUGUAGGCAUGAACAGAACAUAUCUUGUGAACAGAAACAAAGAUAAACAGACACUCUGUAGACACUGUUUUUGUAAAUGUAUGACUAUGGUCCUGUUUGUGUCAAGGUUGCAAAAUACGUGUCUGAAGAAGUUGCAAAACACCCACAAUGUCACACUGAUACUAAACAAAAAUAUGUUGACACAUUUCAUGUUUUUUCAUGUUGGUUUGAAGGGUUGUUUUGGGUCACAUUUGUCCCUGACCUUGUACUUUCUUUUCUGGUUGGUUGUUGUUCUUUCAGUGUAUGAGCACUAGAGGUCAUACACGUGUAAUCUUUGUCCAAUUUCACUAUGUAACGUGCUUUUAUACCUUUUCCGAAAAUACAAUUUUGUUACACUUUUUAAAAAUCAUUGUUGAUUGUCAGAUAUUGUUGUUGGUCAUGGGCAGGUGAAAAUUUAAAUG